AUGAAGCUCUACAGAUCUAAUAUCAGCACAUCAGGAGCAAAAUUAAACAGUUUCUCAAACAGUAACAAUCAAAACCAAAGGGGAUCUAUAAAAAUCCGAGCUAAAAGUAAAGCGUCUGGAUUCAUGGCUGGACGCGAUGAUUCGACGGCGAGCGGACGAGGACGUUCUCUUUCUGACUACGAAGACCGGCCCCGAGAUGGAACCAGCGCCGGUGGAGUUGAGCAGAUUGAAUCGAGGAACGGCGGAGAGGUCAGAGCUUGCAAUGAAUGGAAGAUGGAAAAUAAUGUGAAUGAAUAUGAUGAA